AUGGAAUCAACAAGCGAAACAACACUAGAUACCUCUAAAGCCGACCACCUCUGUGUUUUGGUUCACGGACUUUGGGGAAAUCCUUCACACCUCGAUUAUAUCGCAUCCGCACUGAGAGAUAGAUAUGGUAGCAACGUCUACAUUUUCUGUCCGAAAGCAAACAGCGGCAACUAUACCUAUGAUGGAAUCGAGUUGGGCGGAGAACGAUUAGUGCACGAGGUAGAGGAGACGCUUGAAUCUCUAGCCGAGAAGGGACAAAAGAUCAAAAAGAUCAGUGUGAUUGGAUACUCGCUUGGUGGUCUGCUCGCGCGCUACGCGAUCGGCUUGCUCAAUGCGCGUGGCUGGCUGGAUAAGCUAGAACCCAUGAACUUCACGACCUUUGCCACGCCACAUGUUGGAGUGAGAGCCCCGCUGAAAGGGUACAAGGAUCAGGUUUUCAAUGUUCUAGGGCCGAAGACAAUUUCGGCAUCUGGCCGCCAAAUGUGGUUGGUCGAUUCCUUCCGAGAUACUGGGCGGCCACUGCUCGGUGUUAUGGCUGAUCCAGGGAGUAUUUUCAUAACGGGUCUGAAGAAGUUCCGGCGGCGGAGUGUUUAUGCGAAUAUCGUCAAUGACCGCUCAGUUCUCUACUAUACAUCCGGUCUCUCUAAAGUGGACCCAUUCCGGGAUCUGGAAGCCGUGAAUAUCAACUAUGUCAAGGGUUAUGAAGACGUCAUUAUCGAUCCCGACCUUCAUGUGCUUCCUCCGGUGGAAAGAAAAUCUGAGUCUACAGCAGCGCGAUUCUGGAAGAAAUUGAAAUCAGUGACCAUUUGGAUACCUCUGUCGGUCCUGCUCGUUGUUCUCGUGCCUCUGGCUUCUACACUCUUCUUGAUAAACGCCGGGAUCCAAACAUGUCGCAGCUCAAGGCGCAUUCGUAUGCAUGAAGUUGGGGAAAAUGGCGAGCGUUUCGGAAGAUACAGAGUACCAGUUUUGAUCCAAGAGGCUCAGCAUGCCAUGGAGCAGGCGUUUGAGAACGUCAGCGCUAUACAAGAACCAGCCUAUUUGUCCAACAGCGAUACCGACGUGUCCGACGCGGCGCAUGAGAAGUCUGCGCAAAAUGGGACGGAUGCUGAAUCGAUGCAUGCAUCGGCUAGAUUUUCAUCAACGACGGAGGUUUCGACACAUUCUCCUAAGCUUGCAUUGAGUGAUGAACAAUUUGGCAUAAUCGAUUCCCUCAACGCUGUGGGAAUUCGGAAAUAUCCUGUCCACAUACAGAAGCACCUCCAUAGCCACGCAGCUAUCAUCGUCCGGGCCGAGAAAGAUGGGUUCCGAGAGGGCAAGAUCGUGAUGAAGCAUUGGCUGGACAAUGAGUUCACAUUAUGA